GCCAGCCCUCCUGCACGUAAAGCAUCCCUGGGAGGGAGGAGAAUCGUCACACGUGUUAAAAUCAAGAUACUGGAUCCCAUCCAGGAGACACCAUACAGUUCGCCGUCAUGUCUCCUUAGGCCCCUCUGGGCUGUGGCGGUUUCUCGGACUCCCCUGGUUCCUGACGACCUUGAAGAUGUAAGGUACUGACCAGGCAUCUGGCAGGACGUCCAUGCCCUGGAAUCUGAUGGUGGUCUCGUGAUUAGCUCUGCCCUCUCCAGAGUCGGUCUGCGGUGAAGGAAGCCCUGAGACAGCUCAUCAGUUCCUGAUUCUAACACUAUGGCCCACGGACACGUGGGUGUGUGUUCUCAGGGUCCCGUGACGUUCUCAGACGUGGCCAUCGACUUCUCCCAGGAGGAGUGGGCCUGCCUGGACUCCACGCAGAGGGACCUGUACUGGGACGUGAUGCUGGAGAACUACAGCAACUUGGUCUCACUGGAUUUGGAGUCACCACAUGAGACCAAGAAUUUACCUACAGAAAAGGGCAUCUGUGAGAUGCGUUUCUCCAAGUGGAACUCAGUCGGGAAAAGCAAGUCCCUUGGCCUUGACUGGGUGUGUGAAGGUGAGUUAGCAGGAGCGGGGGGCCCUCCCGGGGGGUAUCUCAACCGAAGGAAAACCAGCCGUGUGGAAGCCCCUGCCAGGGAAGAGUCCUCUGUCAGGCCACCCCAGAGACCUCCUCGCAGGGAGAAUGCCUAUGAGUGCAAGGAAUGCGGGAAGGCCUUCAGCCGUGGCUACCAGCUGACUCAGCAUCAGAAAAUCCACACGGGCGAGAAGCCCUACCAGUGUAAAGAGUGUAAGAAGGCCUUUCGCUGGGGUAACCAGCUUACUCAGCAUCGGAAAAUUCACACCGGUGAGAAACCUUAUGAGUGUAAGGACUGUGGGAAGGCCUUUCGCUGGGGUUCGAGCCUCGUCAUUCACAAGAGGAUUCACACGGGCGAGAAGCCCUACGAGUGUAAAGACUGCGGGAAGGCCUUUCGCCGUGGGGACGAACUCACACAGCACCAGAGGUUCCACACCGGCGAGAAAGACUAUGAAUGCGAGGACUGUGGCAAGACCUUCAGCCGGGUGUACAAGCUCAUCCAGCACAAGCGAAUUCACAGCGGCGAGAAGCCCUACGAGUGUAAAGACUGCGGGAAGGCCUUCAUCUGUGGCUCGAGCCUGGCUCAGCACAAAAGGAUUCACACCGGCGAGAAGCCCUACGAAUGUCAAGAAUGCGGGAAGGCCUUUACCCGUGUCAAUUACCUCACUCAGCAUCAGAAAAUUCACACCGGAGAGAAACCUCAUGAAUGCAAGGAGUGUGGGAAGGCCUUCCGCUGGGGUUCAAGCCUCGUGAAACACCAGAGAAUCCAUACGGGGGAGAAGCCGUACAAGUGCACGGAAUGUGGGAAGGCCUUCAACUGUGGCUAUCACCUGACCCAGCACGAGAGAAUCCACACUGGCGAGACGCCUUACAAAUGUAAGGAGUGUGGGAAGGCCUUUAUUUAUGGGUCCAGCCUGGUGAAACACGAGCGGAUUCAUACCGGAGAGAAGCCCUACGAGUGUAAGGAGUGUGGGAAGGCCUUUAGCCACGGCCAUCAACUCACACAGCAUCAGAAAGUGCACGGCAGUGUGAAGCCCCACGAGUGCCAGGACUGUGGAAAGGCGUGUGGCCACCCACACCAUUACAGAGGACAUCAGGGGCUCCUCGCCGCUGGCAAACCUUUCGAAGACAAAGAAUGUUCAGAGGCCUCUAAACAGCACGCGUUUCUGCCACAACAUGAGGCAAAUUUGUGACGCAAUUUAACAUAAGGGAGUCUUCACCGGCCACUCUUCUCCUCCCAGAAUCUCAGGAUAGUCAUUCAAGAGGCAGGUUUGGAGACGAGAAGUCACUUUUCCUCCGUGAUUACAACAUACUCAGUGUAGACAGUUUGUUUACUGGAUGGGUUAGUUUAAUGGACGCAUAGAGGGUUCCCAGUACCUUUUGAUUUUAUUUUAGAUUCAUUCUGGGGAAUAACUGCUAAUGUAACAUACAUGCAACAGCCUUUCCUCAAGGUACAUACCCUGCCGGCUGUCAUCCUCAGCUACCCCUUGACUCCCCGUGCCUCAGGGGAAAUGACCUUUAACCCCUGUGCAUAUUUGUGAAAUCGGGACAGCCACCUGAUACUGCCAGUGGGCCAUUAGAUGAGUCUGGUACGUGGAACUCCCUGCAAGUGUAUCUGGAAUAUUGUGCAAACUCAAUAAACAUUAGCUGCAUUUC